AUGGCGGAGACAUAUGAGUGGGUGUUGAGGACUUGGCUACAUUGCAUGGGGGGUAAAGCUCCUAUCUCAAUCCUUACGGAUCAAGAUCUAACGAUUAGGAAAGCUGUAAACUUGACUAUGCCUGAGAGUUGCCAUAGGUGGUGCAUAUGGCACAUACUUCAGAAGUUUGGGAGGUAUGUUGGUAAGCAUGAGGACUAUAAAGUUGUAAAGGAUGAGUUUGAAAAUAUCAUUUAUGGUAGUUUAGAUGCUGAUGAAUUUUUAGUUCGUUGGGCGGAGGCAAUUGAUUAUUACAAGCUGCAUUUAGCUACCGACUUCCCAACAAAGGAAGUGUUCCGGAAGUGUUACACGGAUGCCAAAUUCAAAGAAGUUCAGCAGGAGUGGAAGAGGAUGUUGUACGUACGUCACCUAGAUGACUAUGAAGUUGGUGAGAAUCAAGUUGAGUUUGUUAUUGAGGAUCGAGUGUGGAUCAAGCCAAAAUAUGCAAAGAAAGAAUCUGUGACUAAGAUUCAAAGAUGCUACAGGGUGUGCUAUAACAGUAAUACAUAUGAAGCAUAUUGUGACUGUAAACACUUUGAGUGCCAUGGAAUCAUUUGUCGACAUAUGAUCUUUGUGUAUGACCAUUGUGGUGUUUCCAUUGUUCCUAAGAAGUAUAUUCUACGUCGUUGGAGGAAGGAUAUUCAAAGGAAACACACUCGAGUGAAAGUAGCUUACCAUGGUCCACUUAAAACCGAUGACGCCAGGCAAUAUCACAAAUUCAUGGGGCUGUAUGAACCUAUUUUCUCAAAGGCUUCAUCUUGUAAGGAGGGUGAUGAGGCUAUGGCAGACUUGUUGCAAUUGAUGGACCUCAGAGUCUAUGAAGUGUUGGCAAUGGUUGCCAAAAGACAAGAACAGACAGCUAAGGAUAAUGAAAAUGAAGGUGAGGAUGGAUGGCAUACAAGUUCCACAACCGUUUGUGAAGAAUCUGGAAUCAAAGCUACAGAAACAGCAGGUGAUACCAAAGAUGCUGAUAUUGGCACAAGCAUUAAAAUGAAGGAAAGAAAUAAAGAGGUUUUAAGCAAAACCAUCAAAGAAGAGACUAUUCAGGCUAUUGACUUCUAA